AUGGAUAAUGGUGAUGAGGAUGAGGACGAUGAUGAUGACCAGGAACGUGGUGGGUAUGGGUGUGAGGAUGAUGAUGGUGGUAAGGAGGAAGGCGAGACCUACGAGGAUGCGGAAAAGGCAUCAGCAAAGGAAACAGGAACCUGUGUUGCUGUUUCAGUACCGCAUAGGGCUUGGGCAAGAGCAGGCCUAGAGACGAACGCUAUUCUCGCACUACUUCGACAGAACCCGCACCUCAGGACUUUGAAACUCGGGGGAGAGAUGAUGUCGAUGGUUCGCGACCUCCGCUUUCUUAUCCUAGACGCCGUCCCCGCAUCGAUUGAGCAUCUGGAGUUAUGGGAUUGGAAGCCUGCAAGCAGGAAGAAGGAAGAGUAUCUGAGCCAAUGUGGGUACCCGACCUACCAACACCCCGAUCUGCUGCCGACGCUUCCAUGUUUAACGAAACUGGUUAUUGGGCGAGGGUCGAUCGAGGAUGAUGCGGCGUUGGUCCGGAUAUUGGGGCGGUGUCCAAACCUCGAGACACUGUGUCUUCAUGACUUAGGAUAUAUGCAGUCGUUCUCGUACCGGAGCAUUGCAGCGACGAUCCGCGGGUUUUGUAAAAAGUUGACGGGGCUCCAUCUAAUCAACUGUGCAGUUCCCUCUCAGAAUGACCUAUGUCUUUUACUGGACGCCUGUCAUGAGUCCGGUGGGCUGAAGGAUUUCGGGUUCCCUUGUCCGCCCGAGUUGAAGAGUUUUGUGUUUGCGGAGAAGGCGGCGAGGGCGUUGUUGAAGCAUAGUGGGACGCUCGAAAAUGUGCGUUUGGAUGGGUGUUCAUCGUUCUCGAGUGAGCUCGUUCAGGAAUUGUUGUGUUCUGCCCCACGGUUGAGGCGGUUUGAUUCCAUAUCGCGGUUCCGAUUCAGUCAGAUGGAUGUUGUCCUCGAUGCCAAGGAUGUUGUGCGGUCGUUGUCAGGAGAAGGGGUAGAGGGAGAAGAGAAAGGUUGGGUGUGUUUGGGACUAGAGUCAUUCAAGUGCAGGAUCGGGGGAGUACCCCGCCCAGACGUCCUCACACGUACCAACGGCCGGCCCUUUACUGGCCCCCUCCACACCACUUCCACCUCCGCCGAAAGCCUCCAGAUUCAACAACAAAUCUACACCCAACUCUCCCGGCUCACCGACCUCCGCGAACUAAUCCUGGGCCACCACGAGGUGAACUUGAACUACGUCAUGUUCCUAGACGAGAUGGACACCGAGGGCGAGUACUACGAUUUCGAUAACCCAAGCCAGGAUAUUCAGGGUGGGUACCAAUACGAGUGUUUAGAUAUGCGGUUGCAGAGUGGGAUGGAGCGAUUGAAUGCGUUGAAGGCAUUGCGGAGGGUUGAGGUUGAGGCGAUGGCGGUUGGGUUCUUUGAGGAGCCGGAGCAGAAGUGGGUGGAGGAGAAUUGGAAGAAGUUGGAUUGGAAUUGGAGGGAUGGAUUCUGGAGUGACCUUGGCUAUGCCGAUUACUAUUGA